AUUUCGCAUAUCGAACGGUGCAUUCGCUCGAAGGAAGAUGAAUCCUUAAAAUACAACCCAGUCCCCCUUUCUUUCCCUUCUCGGUCCGUAGCCGCCAGCUGCCGGCUUCCGCUCCAAGAAAAGAUCCCUCUCUAAUAAUCCUCAUGAAUCUAAGAGACAGAAAGAAAGAGCCGAGUGAGAGCGAGCGAUAGAGGGAGGGGAGGAUGGUUUUGUGGGAGAUAACGCUGGGAACCGCCUAUUUCUUAGGGCUGAGGCGAACCUACAAGCUUGCCCUUAGGAUUCAGCGGCGCAUCGUCGGCCCCAAUCACCCCGAGAUCCGCCAAUUCCUUCACAGGCGCACACGCAGUGUUUUCGAUGUGGCUGUCAGAGUUCACGAAAGCAUACAACAGAGAGACAUAGAAGUUGGAAGGAAUUUUGGGAACUGGAUUCUACGGUGGCUGGACCAUGUGAAACCAUCAGCGCUGAUCCGUUCCCAACCAGCAAGUCUACCAACCUGUAGUAACCACAUCCCCAAGCAUGGAGCAAGCUCUGGCCAGACUUUUAGAUACCAGAGGCCCAUAUUUCAAACUAAAUAUCAGGAGGGGAAAGUCCGUUCUUUUUUUGCCCCUUGGAACAUUCACCUGAGAUCCUUCCCAACUAUAGCCAUGAUGAUGCAGCCUCUGAGACCUGCUGGCAUGAAUGGCCAGUAUAGAUAUGCAUCUCAUUAUAUGCCUAGCUUAUCAGCAUUGGACUACAGAAUAGAUCGAGUUCAAAGCAUUUUCCGCAAGGAUAUUGCACUGUGGAUGCUGCGUAACUAAUUGACCAGUUACAUGUUUUGCUGCCAGUUUUCUACUUUGUUGUUGCAUCUAUGUACCCUCUGAUCAGAUGUCGGAGUAAUUCUAAAUAUGAAACUAUUUUUGUAAUACUGGAAGAUCUCUGAUGGAUAAUGUUGAAAGUCUGGACAGCCUGCAUGAUCAUUUAAUUCACGCAAUAACCUGAAUGCCAGUUUUGAAUC